AGUCAACUUGGCAACAUUGUAACGAUUAAGCCGAGUACACAAGGAGUUCGUAGGCGCGUUUGACGAAACGUUUGGAAAACUUGACUUAGCGCCUUUGAAAUUGAGUAUUGAGUUUAAACAUAUGAGGGACAAUUUCGACAACAGAGGUCUAACUUAAUCUAAUGCACUGAAGAUGCCAGCUUUUUUCUUUCCCUACAAAAUCUCGUCUGCAAAGGCAAAGUUGUCUAUUUAUUUUUAGCGGUGACCAGGGUGUUUUGUCAUGGAAUGUCGGUGACGGAAAUCGAAUUUUUGUCGUUCCAAGACUUUCACGCGGUUCAGAAGAUUCUUUUCAAGACAUGUGUAAAACGGUAUAAUGAUACCUACCGUGUAAGCAGACCUUUAUUUAUGUACCUAACCUCAAAUUUAUCGGAAUGAUUAGAAAUUGUGCAAAAACUUUAAUAACACGAUGUAGUCGUUACAAGAAGUUGCAAUGCUACCUAUCAACAGACAUCCCACAACCACCGGUCGCGGAGGCUGUUACGGAAAAGCGCGGUUUUGCCAAGGCGUACGAAAAGUUCGACACAUUGCUGGACGAUACCAAAUCGGAGUCUGCGACAUUUCAGUCUUUGCUACGUAAUUCCAAGUUUAUAGAUCUGGGAGAUCCGGAAGGUAAAGUCGUACAAGGUCGAAUUUAUCACAUAGUCGAAGAUGACCUGUACAUAGAUUUCGGAUGGAAAUUUCACUGCGUGUGCGCGAGGCCCAAGAAGCAUGCAAGUAACUACGUUCGAGGGGCAAAAGUACGGUUACGGAUCAACAGCUUGGAGUUGUCAUCCAAAUUUUUAGGAUUCGAUAAGGAUCUCACACUGUUGGAGGCAGAUUGUGCACUUCUAGGUCUAAUUCAGGAUCCAAAUACUUAGAAUUUGUUAAUUUUUAUUAUAAUCUCUUAGAAUAUUAGCACCUUAGAUUAUAUGCGUUUUAAUCAAAAUAUACACUUUGUAAAA